GGCUGUGGCCCGGCUGUCAAUUGAUGUUUGAUAUGUUUACGACCGGAUAGAGGCUAUGGUACUGGGCCACUUGAAUCUGUGAGUGAAGAAGGACUUUGGAACAGUCAUAACCUCCUCUCUAUCAGCAGCUCAUUUGUGGGGGCUGAAAACUCUGUCAAGAGGGUUUCAUUGACUUGCACUGGUGCACAACUUAUAGAGGUUAGCUUAGCUUAGCUAGCUCUUUCUCUAGUCAGACCGCUCUUUGUGUCAUCAGAAGCCAGGGUUGCAAGUGAUUAUCCAUGCUGGAACCUUGUGCUGUAGAUGCUAGGUGCUGCAAAUGGUCAGUCGCAGAAAGCCAGUGAUUCUGCCCUUGUCAGUUCUAAGGCAGGGUAUAUACAUGAUAUAUUAGCAGCGGUGUUUGCUCCCAGGGACAACAGUGCUCUGCGGUGCUUGAGGCAGCGGCCACAGAUCAACCAGGGCCUUCCACAGUCCGGAGUCACUACUAGUCUUCAGUUGGUCAGCGGUGUUUGUUGUAGCAAGCCUUUACAGGCAUCCCAAGCAUAACUGGACUCCAGCUGAGCUGUCAGAGCUUUGGUCCUAACACUUUGCAUCUAAGUAGGGUAGUUGGUGUCCCGCGUGCCAUCCCUUGUGGCACUGUGUGUAGCGUAGCUAACCUGCUAAGGCUAAGUGCUGUUGGUCAUCGGUUUCCUGCUGCUACUGCAAGUCUCUACUCUAGCUCUGUGUGGAGCAACAACGGACGUGUUGCCUAUCCUGGUAGAUUCCCUAUUACUUAGUCAAGUACUCAAUCUGGAGAGUUUCAGUGCUCAGCAUUCUGUCUGGAGUGGGAAGGAGCAGCAGCAGUAGGUUGACAAGCUCUCUCACCGUGUGUGUCCCCCACUGCACUGCAUGCCCUCACCCAUACAGUCAUAGUCAGCAGGGUGACUGCAUUACUAGUGACUUCAGAUAUGCCCAGCAUUACUGUCCAGAUUCCGAGACCAGCAGGGAGUGCAACUGCUCACUUCCAACACCAUUCUCUAGCUAGAAGCCAGGAAUCUCACAACAGUGGAAGCAGCAGUAGGGCUUUGUAUUCCAGAGGAUGGAGUGCCACCAGCCCACCAGUGGACCAAAGUGGCAGUCCUGCAACUCAACUGCUUCCCUGCCAUCAGCAAAAGCAGCCAGUUGCAGCUUGUAACAGUACUGGUAGUGCUGUGUUGCGUUCAAGACCCGGUCAGAGGCGUACCAUUCGUGUGGAUUGCUCUGACCUAGCAGCAAACCUUGCUGCAGCAGCAGCCAGGUCCUCUGCUGCCGCUCCUCAAACUGCUGACCAGCGACAGCAGCAGAGGACAAUGGUGAGAGGCAGUAGCUGUGAGUUUGAUGUCUCCCAGUGCACUAUUCUUGCAAAAGGCGUGAUCAUUGUGGACCGCUCAGCAGAGCUCAGCAGCACUGGUGAUUUUGGCGGUGGUAGUGUGGGCAGGGAUAGAGCGAUGAACUGUGCGGGUUUGUGGAGAAAACUGCAGUGUCCACCGGCACGCAAGUCCAGUGGUUAUGGACGACGACAUGCAGGCCUGCGUAGGUCCAAGUCAGCACCAAGGAGGUGCAAAGAGUGUGACAAACCUCUAGUAACUGGUGGCUUCUUUAUGCGAGAUGACAACUUCUACUGCUCGUCUGACUACCAGCGGAUGUUCGGUACCCGAUGUCAGGGCUGCGGGGACUUUGUUGAAGGUGACGUGGUGGUUGCCCUGGACAAGACCUAUCAUCAGCGAUGCUUCAUUUGCCAUAGCUGUGGGAAAGGCUUUCCCCCAGGAGAAUCGGUUACCAUGCAAGGAGAUGAGUGUAUUUGUGAGAACUGCUUCAACUCUUCCAGUGAUCAGAACGAGAGGAGGUGUGCGGGUUGUGAGGAGGAGAUCAAGAGUGGUCAGGCAUUGCUGGCUCUUAACAAGCAAUGGCACGUCUUGUGUUUCCGCUGUCAACACUGCGGUGACAUGCUGUCCAGUGAAUACAUGGGAAGGAAUGGCCAGCCUUAUUGCGUACGUGACUAUCAUACGUUGUUCGGUGUCAAAUGUGCGGCAUGCAACUGCUUCAUCACUGGCCGAGUUCUGCAGGCGGGAGAAAACUUCUACCAUCCUCACUGCUCACAAUGUGUGAAAUGUGGCGGUUCAUUUGGUGAAGGAGAAGACAUGUAUAUUAUGCAUAAUGAUGUGUGGCAUCCGGAGUGUGGGCACCUGCCAAACCUGAGCGACUCCAGUGAGUCGGCAAGUCUGGGGUACGAGUGCACGGAACAAGGUGAGAAAGGUCGAGUUCCCAUGAAGAGUGCCAGUCCCAUUAGUGUCUCAUCAGCGGCCUCCUCGCCUGAGCCAAGUCCGGCUCAGAUGGCAUCGGAGAUUUCCAGGGCCACGCGGCUGGGAAGUAGGCGAAGUGUUGGAGAGGCUAGCGAUCGAUCCAGCGGCCGAGAAAGUGCAUCAAGUGGCAAGCUAUUCGACUGGAGAUCGCGCUACUCGGUGGACAGCAGCACUAGCAGUACACCCAGCACAGCGCACACCGAGUCACCCGCUGUAAAUGAGCUAAGAAGGCAAUCGCUUGCCAGUGGUGUAUCUUCAGUCAGCAGCAACCAAGGAAGUUCCCGGCUGUCAAAUUCAACAUCUGGGUCGAAACUGAUGUCGUCAAUGUCAACUGAUUCCGUCGAGAACAAUGAGCUAGCACCCGGAAGAUGGCAUCGGUCAAGUCUGGGUUCCGAAAGUAGACGCCGCCUAACCAAGGAGUUCUCGGAGGCUGAUGAAAUCUCGCCUAUCACCGAGGUGUUCCCAUUGGACGUCCUUCAAGGCGUGGAUAGCAUUCGGCUACCGAAGAGCGUUGAUCGCACCAGAUUAGAGGAGUAUUUGAGCGAGGAAGACUUUGUGAAGACAUUCGACAUGCCGCGCGAGGAAUUCAAGAGGUUGCAGGUGUGGAAGAGACGCGAGAUGAAGAAGAGAGCACGUUUGUUCUGAGCUGUGCGAAACAGCCCAGACCCAACCUUCAUCUAGUAACGUUGAGUUCACAGAUACUGAUAUGGCUAUCAACAUAACUUUGACACUUACGGAAUAUCUAGCUUCUUUAUAAUACUAAUAGCUCUCAGAGUCUGUAUAGAACUAUCCUACAAUCCCCAUGUGUAGUUGUCUUUGUCACUACGCUAUUGAAGAUAACCCGUAGCAGGCAUGCUUCGAUAAGACUUGAUCGGCCCUUUUGAGGCCAUAAUACACACUCUGUGCAAAGGCCGUGCCUAUUCUCGAUGCAUGCGUUGAGGACAUUCUGACAAUUAGAUAGCUUUGCGCAAGAAAGUCUAUUUUGUUUCUUACUUUCCACUGGUGUGGGUCAGAGUUUUCAAUAUAGCCUCACACUAUUCUCCCAAUGUUGAAGACCUACAAUGAAGCUAAGUUAGCCAAGGUAUUUUGGUUUUAUUUACCAGCUAUGUUUAUGCAGUACUAUUUAUACGUGAGUAAUGCGCCAAAAGUCUACCACGGCCUAUCGUCGUGGAUUACAAACAUUUCAAAUGUUUGCAUAUUAUGAACUUUGUGCAAAAAAUCAGCUGCCGUUUGGCUACCUUCA